AUGCGCUCACUUGAGGCGUUUCCCGCCAUCACCAAGGACGAGUUUUGCAAAGCGUGCAAGGCGCUGGAGCGUAGGAGUGCGGACAGCAUUAGUGACACGGAUUGGCUGAGCGUAAGAUGGAGUGGGGAGGAAUUGCUAAUCAGGCAGAGACGGAAUACCUUAUUACACAGUGGGAGUCGUCGGCUUGCUAGCGAUCAGGGCACGAACACAGGAGAGGUGGGAGGAAAGGAAGAUUUCGAGAACAUAGUCGAGGAUGAGGUGGAAGACUCCUCAAUCAAAGACACUGACACCUGCCUCAUUGUGGACUUUUCCGUCAUUCUGUCGCCAACCUAUUGCGUCCCGGUCCUGUGGUUUUCAUGCCAUCACGGACCGGAGAAACGGCCGAUAACGCUCGAUCAGAUAUAUGAGCAACUGGUCCCGCAGCCUUCAAGCGCACCGUUGCGUGGCGUAGGUGUCCUGGGCGGCAUAAGCAUGGCACACCACCCAGUGUCAGAUCUGCCAUCCUUCUUCCUGCAUCCUUGCAACACGCAAGAUGCACUCUCGGUCUUGAAGCCCGAUCACGACCCCACACCGGACGAGUACCUGAUCCUUUGGCUCGGUCUGAUCGGUUCGGCUGUGGGCCUGCAUAUCCCUAGUAAGCUUUUGAGCUCAUAG